AUGGCUGGAGUUAUUGUUUUCGAAGGAGCCAGACAUUUCCGUCUCCGCCUUGUCCUCUCCGUCUUGGCCGGCCAGCAAAUCAAAAUAACGAAAAUCCGUUCAGAUGACAUGAACCCCGGUUUAAGAGACCAUGAGGUAUCCUUCCUCAGACUUCUAGAGGCUGUCACCAAUGGAUCCAAUAUCGAGAUUUCAUACACCGGUACGACGGUCUCUUUCAAGCCAGGCAUGAUCAUUGGUGGCCAACUCACACACAACUGCACUGGAAAGAAGCCCAUUGGCUACUUCUUGGAACCCAUGCUCUACCUUGCCCCAUUUUCAAAGAAGAAGUUCUCCAUAAUAUUCAAGGGACUCACAAGCUCAGAUACAACCCAAGACGCCGGCUUAGAGGCCAUCAAAUGGGGUCUCAUUCCUGUCAUGGAGAAGUUCGGUGUCAGGGAAGUCGAACUCCACAUUCUCAAGAGAGGAUCACCUCCGUUAGGUGGAGGAGAGGUCCACCUUCUUUGCAACUCCCUCAUAUUACAGCCUUUGACAGUGCAUGCUUUGGAAACUCCAAAGAUGUCUGCCAUUAGAGGUGUCGCCUACUGUACCAGAGUGUCUCCAUCUGUGGUGAACAGAAUCAUUGAAGCUGCCAGAAAGGUUUUGAAACCAACUGGUGUUGAGGUCAACAUCACCGCCGAUGUCUGGAGAGGAGAAAACUCAGGUAAAUCUCCAGGGUUCGGUGUCACCUUGGUCGCUGAAUCCAAGAGAGGCUGGAGAAUAUUUGCUGAAGGAACUGGUGUGGCUGGCUCUCUACCAGAAGACUUGGGUGAAAAAGUCGCUUACGAGCUUCUUGAAGAACUCACGAAAAGUGCUGUUUUGGGUAGAAACCAGCUUAAGUUGGCUUUGGCAUUGAUGGUGAUUGGAAAAGAGGAUGUGGGCAGAUUGAAGAUCCACAAGGCUCAGAUUGACGAGCUGUUUGUGUGGUUCUUGAGAGAUAUCAAAAACAUAUUUGGCACCGAAGCUUUCUUGAAGGAUGGCGCCGAAGAAGGAGAGGACAAUUACAUGACUGUUGCCAUCAAGGGUAAUGGCUUUACGAGUGCCUCCAAGAAGAGGGCCUAA